AUGGGAUCCCAGGCUCAAAAACUCCUCUCUGAGGCCUGUAGGGUUGCUGUUAAUUAUCUAGCAUCUUAUGAGCUGAAUGUCAGUGAUGCUUAUUUAACUAUGUCCUAUUACUACGAUGAAGAGACGGAAGCACCUCUUUAUCUCCCCUUCUUUGAAGACCAAAUUGAGGUGAAGAAAGAACAUGCAAAGCAGUUCAUAACCUAUCUAAGAGAGCAUCGGAGUAAAAUCUGCCUUCCGGUGAUUAAGAGGCCUGACAUUGAUAACUGGGGAACUGGCAUUCAAGCUAUAGAGUCUGCUCUGCAGUUGGAAAACACAUUAAACAAGCUCCUACAAGACCUGAUGAACUUGGCUUCUCAAAAUAGUGAAACUGAUCUCCUAAACUUCCUGAAAAAGUUCCUGGCUAAACAGAAAAGGAACAUAAACUAUCUGGAAUACCAACGUAGCUAUCAGAAGGAAUUAGACAGGCUGACUGAGAAGGAGGUCACACCUGAAAAACCUGGUGAAGCAUCAGGUAAAGAGGCUUAA